AGAGGAGGGCUUCACCGUGAGAGAAGUUUGACACGCACGCACCGCAGGAACAACAGUGAGAAGAGCCCGGGGCCGUGCGGGAUAAUUCACACUGGGGUUGGCACGGUUUGACUCAGAGUGCCAGCUGCAUGGAAGUUUUGUACCCGGGAUAAACACCAGAGCUUCGGAGCGGAUCCUCCGCCUCCACCGGAGCAGCGACAGCGGGGCUCCUCCCGGUGCUCCUCCCGGUGUUCCGCCCGGGGCUCCUCCCGGUGCUCCGCCCGGUGCUCCUCCCGGUGCUCCUCCUGCCGGAAACAGUUUCUCCGGAGUUUGGCAGCCGCAGGUCUCAGUCGGUGAAGACACAUCCACACUUUUUAUAUCCAGCCCCGUGUGGCCACCGCGGUCAGUCUGCGCUGUGCACGCCGGGACAAGGAGCCUCUCUGACGGGGAACUACAGCUCAGAGAGUCGGUAAGACACGGGGCUCCUCUCCGGCUCGUCCCGCCCUCGGUGACACUUUGAGCCGUGUUUUUGUCGCCGGUUCCCCGGAGGCUCGGCGCUGCUCUCCCGCUUGUCCCCUGGCAGGGAGUUUGUUUGCCGGAGCGGAACUUGGUGUCGUCGUGGAGGAUCCCCUUCAGCCCGGACCUGGAGCGGUGACAGCGGGCUCCAACCGGAGCAGGCACCGAUUCAACAACCCGACCCUGUGUGGCGGAGCGAAUGAGGCUAACACGGACCUAGCGCCAUACCGAGCCGAGCCAGACCGUACCAUGCCCGUCCGAAAGAAAGAUGCCCAGCGAGCGCUGCUGCUGCUGGAGGAGUACCGGGCCAAGCUGAACCACACAGAGGAUCGGCAGCUCCGACACUCCAUCCAGAGGGUCAUCGACAUCUUCCAGAGCAACCUGUUCCAGGCUCUCAUAGAUAUCCAGGAGUUUUACGAAGUGACCUUAUUGGACAGUCAGCGAUGGGCAGAGUCUUCCAAGGGGGCGGACCCCAUGGCACCCGUUAACCUGUGGGACUUCUCCAGCCUUCAAAGCACAACAGUGACCUCGGACACUCUGCCCAGCCUUAGUACCAGCAUCGAGGACUGCCCCCUCCUUAAUGAAAUCCUGCACACGCUGGCGCAAGCCAAACGCUCGCCUGGCCGCGACGCACAAAAGUACAGGCACCACGAUGAGGACUUGUCCCCCCAGGACCAGAGCUCCCCCCAGCUGACGGAGGAGGGGGGGCCCGAGCUGGUCCAGGUAGCAGAGAAGAACCUUUCCCAGAUCGAGAAUGUGCACGGCUACGUCACCCACGCUCACAUCUCACCGAUGAAGGUAGUGUCCCUGGAGUGCCUCUUUGACGGUUCGUUAGGACAGCAGCCCCUGGAGCUCCCCUCCCCUACGUCCUCCACCCUCUACCCCCACGGAGAGGACAGCCCCCUCCCCUCCUGCUCCUCCAACCCUUACCCCCCAAUCCAGCAGGCCGAGGCCGCCCCGCCUUCCUCCUCCAUAAUCCCUGUGAUCCCAAUCUCGCCAAUCCCAGCCGAGACCACCAUCAUCCCUCCGACGUCACAGGCCAAUCCUCCGCCUGUGGUGGUGAACACGGACAGCCUGGACACGCCUCCAUACGUGAACGGGACGGAGGCCGAUUAUGAGUACGAGGAGAUCACGCUGGAGAGGGGAAACUCGGGGCUGGGCUUUAGCAUCGCUGGCGGCACAGACAACCCCCACAUCGGUGAAGACCCCAGCAUCUUCAUCACCAAAGUCAUACCUGGAGGAGCCGCCGCCCAGGAUGGACGGCUCAGGGUUAAUGACGUCAUCCUGAGAGUUAACGAGGCGGAUGUUCGAGACGUGACCCACAGCCGAGCAGUGGAGGCCCUGAAGGAGGCUGGUUCUCUGGUCCGACUCUACGUCCGCCGGAGGAAACCUGUCUCUGAGAAGGUGAUGGAGCUCAAACUGGUGAAAGGACCCAAAGGUCUCGGCUUCAGCAUAGCAGGCGGAGUGGGGAACCAGCACAUCCCGGGCGACAACAGCAUCUACGUCACCAAGAUCAUCGAAGGUGGAGCCGCACAUAAAGACGGGCGGCUGCAGAUCGGAGACAAACUACUGGCUGUGAACAGCGCUUGCCUGGAGGAGGUGAGCCACGAACACGCCGUCACUGCCUUGAAAAACACUCCUGACGUGGUCUACUUGAAAGUGGCUAAACCCAACAGUGUCUUCAUGAACGACAGCUUCGCCCCGCCCGACCUCACCAACUCGUACUCGCAGCACAUGGACAACCAUAUCAGCCCCCCCAACUUCCUCGGUCAGGCCCUGCCCCCACCGGCGUCCUCUGGACGCUACUCCCCGACCCCAAAGAGCAUGCUGGGAGACGACGAUGUCACACGGGAGCCAAGGAAGGUGGUGCUGCACCGCGGAGCGACGGGCCUGGGCUUCAACAUCGUGGGCGGGGAGGAUGGAGAGGGGAUCUUCAUCUCCUUCAUCCUCGCAGGGGGACCAGCCGACCUCUGUGGAGAGCUGAGGAAGGGAGACAGACUUGUCUCAGUGAACGGAGUGGACCUCCGUAACGCCACCCACGAACAGGCCGCCGCCGCCCUGAAGAACGCAGGACAGACGGUGACCAUCAUUGCCCACUACAGACCAGAGGAGUACAGUCGCUUUGAGGCAAAGAUCCACGACCUGCGGGAGCAGAUGAUGAACAGCAGCAUCAGUUCUGGAUCUGGAUCUUUGCGGACAAGUCAGAAGAGGUCGCUGUACGUCAGAGCUCUGUUUGACUACGAUAAGACCAGAGACUCCGGUCUGCCCAGUCAGGGACUCAACUUUAAGUUUGGAGACAUCCUUCACGUGGUCAACGCCUCCGACGACGAGUGGUGGCAGGCCAGACAGCUGACGGCACAGGGGGAGGUGGAGGAGGUGGGGGUCAUCCCCAGCAAAAGACGCGUUGAGAAGAAGGAGCGAGCGAGACUAAAGACGGUGAAGUUCAACGCCAAGUCUCGAGAGCGAGGGCAGUCUCUCAAUGACAAGCGUAAAAAGAACCUCUUUUCCCGAAAGUUUCCGUUCUACAAGAGCAAAGAGGCGAGUGAGCAGGAGACCAGCGAUGUCGACCAACAUGUGACGUCUAACGCCAGCGAUAGUGAGAGUAGCUACCGUGGACAGGAGGAGUACGUGUUGUCGUAUGAACCCGUCGUUCAACAGGAAGUGAGCUACACCCGUCCCGUCAUCAUCCUCGGCCCCAUGAAGGACCGGAUCAACGACGACCUCAUCUCCGAGUUCCCAGACAAAUUUGGAUCCUGCGUCCCGCAUACGACCCGGCCGAAGCGGGACUACGAGGUGGACGGCAGAGAUUACCACUUUGUGGUGUCCAGAGAGCAGAUGGAGAAAGACAUCCAGGACCACAAGUUCAUCGAGGCCGGACAGUACAACAGCCACUUGUACGGAACCAGCGUGCAGUCGGUGCGAGAGGUGUCGGAGAAGGGUAAACACUGUAUCCUGGACGUGUCGGGGAACGCCAUCAAGAGACUCCAGCUCGCUCAGCUUCACCCCAUCGCCAUCUUCAUCAAACCCAAAUCAGUGGAGAACAUCAUGGAGAUGAACAAGCGUCUGACGGAGGAGCAGGGACGCAAAACCUUCGACAGAGCCACCAAGCUGGAGCAGGAGUUCACCGAGCAUUUCACAGCGGUCGUGCAGGGCGACACUCUGGAGGAGAUCUACGAUCAGGGGAAGCAGAUCAUUGAGGAGCAGUCUGGUCCGUUCAUCUGGGUUCAGUCCAAGGAGAAGUUGUGAAGAUCGAACGCUCCUCCUCUUCCUCCUCUUCCUCCUCCUCUUCUUUACAUUCUGUUGUUUUAUUUUGAAAAGGACAGAAUCCCCCACCCCACAAUCCCCCCAUGCCUGAAUCGGAUUUCGUGGUUAAGUUUCCUGACCAGCAGAGUAAAGCACACAGGAAGUGACAUCACACUCAACACGGUACGUGGAGGAGAAGAAGACGAGUGAAAGUGACGAGAAGACGAAGCAGAUUUGAUCUUUUCUUUCUUUGUGUUUUUUUUCCCUUUUCUCUCGAUGGACAGAGUUUCAGUCUCAGGCUGAGACACAAAAAGCAAAACUUUGCACGUUCGAGCUUUAACAGCAUGUUAAUCUCCCGUUUAUUUCCCAUCAGCCCCGUCACCUCGGCGCCCGACACAGUCUCCUCCUCCUCGCUGCUCCUCUCAUCUUUUUCCCUUUUCUUUUUUACACUUGAGUCAAUUCAAGAUGAGUUAAACUUUCCGCUCCUCUCGGCUGCUGGAUGUUUGUCAGGACACUGCAGGGUCCUGCUCUGCUGCCAGGGGGCGCUAUCAUCUUAUUCCAACAAAUGUCUGAUUUCAUUUCAUCAAGUCUGAUUUUAAACUUUGUCCUAAAAAAAUUCUGAAAAUUACAAAACAAAUUACAUCAUAAGAUGAAAAUUAUUUCUUGUGAUUUGAACAUUUUCUCACAAUUAAUUAUCUAAAAUUAAAGAAUAAAAACAAAUUUUAUGAAAACCGUCUCGGAAUUAAAAAAAUGUCAGAAUAAAACAAGAAAAAUCUCGACAAUUUUCUCAUGAUUCAAAUCAUUAAAAGAAUAAUGUUAUAAUACAAUGUAAACAUCAGAUUUUAUUUUAAAUCUUUUAAAAACUCAAACUCACAGAAAACGAUUAAAUUAAUAUAUUUUUUAUAGUGAAGUCGAUGAUGAACAAAUGAUUUAGAUUUAAAUCAAAUUUUCAUUAUUUUGAAACUUUUCAGCCUCAUUUCAACUAAAAGAUUUUUUAUUUCAGUGUCGUCUCAUUUCAAUAGCAGCGCCCCCUGGUGGAGCGAGUUUGAACCCUGCGGGCGCCCGGUCAGUGUCUUACCAUGGCAACGCUGUCGAUCAUGUGACGUGUGGGCGGGACCUGGAGACGAGCUGCCACCUCCAGGUGCGGGAGAAACGUGCAGACGAUUAUUGUACAAUGAGAUUUUCAGAUAUUUAACCCUCGGUAAACUGCCUAUUUUGUUAUAAUAAAAAUCUAUAUUGAACUUUACUUAAGCACUACUACUACGGGAAUUAUUUUCUUUGCAUUGUUAAUCAUAUGAAUAGAAAAGUAUAAAGAUAUUUGAAUAUGAAUAUAUAUUUUUCUUUUUCUUCGAUCACCACCUCCUCUGUCUUUUAAUUUUCUUUUUUAAACAUAAUAAAACUUAACAAGAAAACCGAAAGUGAACUUCUUCAUCUUCUUCUUCUGUGGUUUGUGUGAAAUUAACCUGUGAAGCGUCUCUUCCUGUCGGAGACGAUGACGUCAUGAGAAAAGAUGUGAAGAAGUUCAACAGUAAAUUAUUUAGUUUUAUUCCAGCACGCUGGCGACACCCGGUGGCCUCAGACGUCGUGUUUCCAGAGUCUUCAAAUGUUAAGUGAUACGAUUUGGGUCGAAGGUCAAAGCUGUGACCUCACAACAGACUUUUCUCGUUGUGAACACGACGUCUCUGGAGCAGGAACCUUCUCACAUUUAGCACAAGACCUCAGGAAACGUUAAAAACAUGAAGACAAAACUGCCCUGUAGGUGGCGACAAACACCCACAGGAGGGGAUUCUACUUCAAUGAUUUAAAUGUUUGAAUUAGUCACAGAAUAAUAAUUUGAUCAGCAACAGAAGUGGAAUUAAGAGAAUAAACUGUGCUGUUGUCAGUAAAGAAAAUGUCAUAAAAUGUAAUCCAGAUUAAUCAUAUUUGAUACAGACUGACGUGAGCCAGAUUAACACAAUGUGAUCCAGAUUGAUUUGAUGUAAUCCAGAGUAAUAAUCCAGGUAGAUUAUUUUAUUUUAUUUGUCCUUGUCAUCAGCUCAGAUUUAUUUAGUUCAUUCAUAUUUUUGAUGUAGAAAUGAAUCCGUUUCCAUGGAGACGAGGUUUUCAGGCAUCUUUUAUUCAACAUGUGACAGCAGACGGGUGUGACCUUUGACCUGAUCGUGCAGGUGUCGGUUCAGUAGCAACAGGACGAAUAAAUAAAAAGUGAAAACAACUCGUCAGA